ACUAAACGCUGGACCUUCUGGAGUUCUUCCCUAGUCUUAAAGUUUUUGAACGGAUCAGCGGUAUACUGGAUAUUUGGCUCGAAAGACUCGACAGCGGAUCCGCACGUACACUACGAAAAGUUGUCGACAGGCGAAUAAAGUGUGAAACUUCUCACCUCUUGAAGAAACGCUUUUUUGACAGCUGUUAGGCGUGCGUCUUCAGUUCCAGCGAAAUAUUACGUUCUUUGAAAACCUAGACGUGGAGAGUACUUCGACCAACAACUUUAAUUUUACGUUAAUAAUAACAAUAAAAAAACUUUCUUUCUUUUGGACAAAAUUGUCAUGUAGUUUAGACCGCUGAAAUGCAGCAGGAGCGGCUUCUCAAAGUCCUAGUCAUUGGAGAUUUGGGUGUGGGGAAGACUUCCAUCAUAAAGCGAUAUGUGCAUCAGGUUUUUUCUCAACAUUACCGCGCGACAAUCGGUGUUGAUUUUGCUCUAAAAGUCCUGAAUUGGGAUCACCAGACAGUCAUUCGACUGCAGUUGUGGGACAUUGCAGGGCAAGAGAGGUAUGGCAACAUGACACGUGUGUACUACCGAGAGGCCGUAGGGGCACUGGUGGUUUUUGACCAGACCCGUGCCUCCACCUUCCAAGCAGUGUUGAAAUGGAAAAAAGAUCUUGAUUCUAAAGUUGCCCAUGGAAAUGGGCGUCCUCUACCAGCUGUCUUGCUGGCCAACAAGUGUGAUCAACAGAGAUAUGGUUUGUGUUCCCAACUGCCCAAACUCGAAAGUUUCUCUAGGGACCAUGGAUUUGUGGGGUGGUAUGAGACUUCUGCGAAGGACAACACGAACAUUGAUGCAGCCAUCAUGUGUCUUGUAGAAAAUAUAAUGGCCAUUGAGGAUGUUCCUGUGGAAUCGGACCCUGGUGUACUGAUCCUGCCUGCUUUUGAUUAUAAUCUAAAAGAGCGCAGUGACUCUAGAUGUUCUGUCUGCACAACAUUCCAGUCCAGCAAAAACCCACAGUGAAUUAUAGGGUGAGAUGAUGAAAAGAACACAGAACAGAGUGGGAAGGAAAAAUAUAAAGAGAAAAAGAGAGAAAACAGUCACACCCUUUUUUGGUUCUUCAGAUAGUGCUGAAGUAAGCCUUUGAGGGAAAGAAAAGACCAUGAAGCCUUAACACUUACAUGCACUAACAUUGACACAUACCAAAACAACAAUGUCAUCAAUAAAACAUGCAGCGUUUAGAGUUUUCUCUGAUAAAUACUUAACGCUAUAGACUCACAACUAAAUAAGGCUCUUGUGGUUAUACUGCAGCAGAAGAGCAGCGUGCGCACAUUUGCCUCAACUUUGUGUCUGUUAAAGACUUAAAGACUUUAAGUCUGCAUCCUCAAAAUGUGUGCAUGCAUUUGUGAUUACAUAGCAUAGGGGUGUGCUGUUUCUAACACAGUCUACAACAAGCUUGUACACUUAACGGUACUUGAGGUUCUAAAAACACAGUUAAGUAACUAGACCAUUGCUGCUCAUCAACCUGAGAUAAACUUGGGAAUUUAGGCAAGAUGCAGACCAUAUAUGGCAAGCCCAUGUAAACCGAGAGCAACUAGACAAAAUACUCUCUGUAGUGCUUUCUUUAGAGAUAUGAGUGCACAAAUCAUUAUGAUAGAUGAAAUUAUUAUUUAUGUUGUAUGAAAGGUUUAUAUCAGAGAUCACGGGUGAUGUAAGAUCUUCAAAUGAUAGUGAAUUAAAUUCAGAGUUAAGAAGCAUGCAAAAUGAAAUCCAUUAGUGUGAAUGAUCAGCAGUGGAUUCACACAGUCAAGUGUGUGUGUGUGUGUGUGUGUGUGUGCACAUAAGUACAUGAAAGCAUUAGCAUCAGACAAUUAAUUUCACUGAAACAUCUCGGCAAAAACUGAGGAGGCGCGUGACUAGUGUUUAAAUGUGUGACUGGAUGUUUGAGUGUUUUUUUAUGUCAUUACACACAUGCUUACUGUCUGCUCACAGCAGUUUGUUUACCAUGUAUAAGUUUUGUCUGACUUGCAGAGGUUUUUCUUCAGCUCCUAUCAUCAAUGCUUCAUUGCCUAUAAUGUAUGAUGCCCAUAGCUCUCUUACUAAAUAGAUUUUACUUUUUGA